AUGGACUGGAAAUCGAUCGCGCAAGAACGACAGGACCAUCGCAGCAAAACCAUCGCAGCUGUCGAACCGCCUGUGCCGGAGAUACCCAAAGACCUGCCAUCGAAUGUCACUGGGAUACCUCGAAAACUGCUCCCUGAGGAUGUCAUAACCAUCACAGAAACUGGUCCAGAGAUCCUGCUGCAGCAACUCGCUUCACAGAAAUUGACCUGCACCGCUGUAACCAAAGCUUUCCUCCAACGAGCCGGGCUUGCCUCAAGAUUGACGAACUGUGUCACCGAACUCCUGCCCGAUCGAGCACUCAGCAGAGCCAAGUAUCUUGACGAUUAUCUCCAUGAACAUGGCAAGCCCAUCGGACCUCUACACGGCCUUCCCAUCAGCGUCAAGGAACACAUCGGCAUGAAAGGUCUGGAUCAGAACGGUGGUUUCAUUUCCUGGGUUGGCCGAGUUGCUCCAGACGAUGCCAUCAUUUUGAAACUCUUGUGGAACGCUGGGGCGGUGUUCUAUGCCAGGACGACGGAACCGCAGACGUUGAUGCAUCUUGAGACGUCGAAUAAUAUCUACGGGGUCACGGUCAAUCCGUAUAAUUCGAAGUUGACGAGUGGUGGCAGCAGCGGUGGCGAAGGAGCGCUGCUGGGGAUGAAGGGCAGCUGUGGAUCGAUCCGUGUUCCUGCAGCGAACAAUGGAGUCUUCGGACUCCGUCCUACAUCGUAUCGAUUGCCUCUGCACGGCAUUGUCGCAACAAUGGUCGGUGAAGAACUCAUCAUCCCCGUUGUCGGACCACUAGGACAAAGCCUCGAAGGCAUCAAACUCUUCAUGAAAAGCAUAAUCGACCAACAACCAUGGCUCUACGACCCAUCUCUCGCCCCCUUCCCCUGGAAAGACGCCUCGAAAGCCACCCUCCUCCGCCAAGGUCCAGACGGCCGCCGCAAACUUCACAUCGGCCUAAUGCCAGACGACGGCAUCGUCAAACCCCACCCACCCAUCCUACGCGGCAUCCAAACCCUCGUCGACAGAAUCAAAGACCACCCAGAUAUCGAAAUCAUCGACUUUCCACCUUACAAGCACGACGAGGGCUGGCGCAUCAUCUCGACCCUCUACUUCGCUGACGGUGCCGUCGAAGAGUAUGAAGCGAUCGAUUCGUCUGGCGAACCCUGGCGGCCGUUGAGUAACUGGAUCAUCAAGGAGAAUCCCAACGUCAAGACGUACACGCUCGACCAGAGCUGGAAACUUACACUGGAGCGCGAGGGCUACAAAGCGGCGUACGCGAGUCACUGGAACAGCGUGGGCACAGGCUCGUCUGGAGGACCCGGAAGUCCGGACGCGGGUCAGGUCCAAGAUAAGAUGGUCGAUGUGAUCCUUUGUCCGGCUGGUGCUGGAGCCGCGCCACCGCUCGACUGUACGAGGUACUGGUCAUACACCAGUCAGUGGAAUCUGCUCGACUACCCUGCGGUGGUCUUCCCAACAGGCCUUGCCUGUAGUUCCGAGGACCAAGCCGAGAAGGACUAUCCACCGAGAAAUGAGCAGGAUGCGUAUAACCAUAAGCUUUAUGACCCAGCCACAUACGCCGAUGCGCCCAUCUCGUUGCAGCUGGUCGGGCGCCGCUAUGAAGAUGAGAAGGUCAUCGAGGCACUCGAGAUGAUUUUGGAUGUUGCCGGAUUGCCGAAGAUAUCGACAGAUUCGAAGAUUUAG